AUGCGGUAGUGUGUUACUCAGAUUGAACAUUUCCAUGGAUCACGCGAUUGGUGCUUUUGUUUGCUAGUUAGCGCUGAAGUGUAGACUAGGCAGCCGAUAGCGGACACUAGAUCUGCACUAUCCACCAGGGUUGAUGUUGAUGCCCGGUGGACCGGCUCGUAUAUAAAGCAUCCUCAAUUCAGGCUGCAAAGGCAGCAUUUCCCUCCCUAACUAACUUUAAAGGCAGCUGUUGUAAAAAAGACGGGGAAAAUGUGUACCGUCUUAAUAAAACAAAUUUUCACCACCAUUUUCGGACAAUUUAGGAUGUUGCACACCGCGUUCAGCCAAAGGUGUGCAACAUCCUAAAUUAUCCGAAAAUGGUUGUAUUAGGACGUUAAAUGUUAAGCUAGUUAAGGAGGAAAAUGAUUCCUCUGCAGCUGAAUGGAGGAUGCCUUAUGUAGGAGCCGGAACACCAGUGUAUUACCUGGAAUCCACAUCAACCCUAGAUGAUAGUGCGGAUCUAGUGCCUACUAUUGGCUGGCAAUAAAAAGUGUAGCUACAGAUUGUUACACCAGAUCAUAUGAUUUAACCAAAGAUUUUUGGUAUCCAUUACUUAUUCCACGUUUGGUUGUGUUACAGCCUGAAAUAAACAUUGAUUAAAUCAAUUUCUCACCCAAUACACCAUAAUCAGAAAGUGAAAACAUAUUUUUCUUGAAAAUGAAAUACACAAAUCUCAUUUACAUAAGUAUUCACACCCCUGAAUCAAUAUUUUGUAGAAGCACCUUUGGCAGCAAUUACAGCUGUGAGUCUUUCUGGGUAAAUCUGUAAGAGUUUUCCACACCUGGAUUGUGCAACAUUUGCCCAUUUAUUAUUUUCAUAAUUCUUCAAGCUCUGUUGAAUUGGUGGUUGAUCAUUGCUAGACAACCAUUUUUAGGUCUUGCCAUAGAUUUAAGUAAAAACUAACUCGGCCACUCAUUCACUGUCUUCUUGGUAAGCAACUCCAGUGUACAUUUGGCCUUGUGUUUUAGGUUAUUGUCCUGCUGAAAGGUGAAUUCAUCUCCCAGUGUCUGGUGGAAAGCAGACUGAAACAGGUUUUCCUCUAGGACUUUGCCUGUGCUUAGCUCCACCCCGUUUCUUUAUCCUGAAAAACUCCCCAGUCCUUAACGAUGACAAGCAUACCCAUAACAUGAUGCAGCCACCAUCAAUGUUCCCUCUAAGCUGCGCUGAAAUAAAUAUCAGCCUGCUCAGAGAAGCUAGAGAUUGAACUUCACUCAACUUUCUAGAGUUUUCCCCCUUAGUUAUGGAAUGCUUGUAAUUAUACUUCAGUAUACCAUAGUAACAUCUGACAAAAAUAUCUAAAAACACUGAAGCAGCAAACUUUGAAGACCAAUACUUGUGUCAUUCUCAAAACUUUUGACCACGACUGAACACCUUAGCCAAAUACAUUUAAACUCCGUUUUUCACAAUUCCACACCUGGAUUGUGCAACAUUUGGCCAUUAUUAUUUUGAUUGGUUUAACACUUUUUUGGUUACUACAUGAUUCCAAAUGUGUUAUUUCAUAGUUUUGAUGUCUUCACUAUUAUUCUACAACGUAGAAAAUAGUAAAAAUAAAGAAAAACCCUGGAAUCAGUAUGUGUCCAAACUUUUGACUGGUACUGUAUGUCAAGUGGAAGGAUGAAAGCAGCAGGAGGCAGGUGUCUGAUCAGAUAACGCCCCAGAGCAGAGGAGGGUGCCCAGGUGUCUGAUCAGAUAACGCCCCAGAGCAGAGGAGGGUGCCCAGGUAUAUCACAGGAGACAGGUGUCUGAUCAGAUAAUGCCCCAGAGCAGAGGAGGGUGCCCAGGUAUAUCACAGGAGGCAGGUGUCUGGUCAGAUAACGCCCCAGAGCAGAGGAGGGUGCCCAGGUAUAUCACAGGAGACAGGUGUCUGAUCAGAUAAUGCCCCAGAGCAGAGGAGGGUGCCCAGGUAUAUCACAGGAGGCAGGUGUCUGGUCAGAUAACGCCCCAGAGCAGAGGAGGGUGCCCAGGUAUAUCACAGGAGGCAGGUGUCUGAUCAGAUAACGCCCCAGAGCAGAGGAGGGUGCCCAGGUGUCUGAUCAGAUAACGCCCCAGAGCAGAGGAGGGUGCCCAGGUGUCUGAUCAGAUAACGCCCCAGAGCAGAGGAGGGUGCCCAGGUAUAUCACAGGAGGCAGGUGUCUGAUCAGAUGACGCCCCAGAGCAGAGGAGGGUGCCCAGGUAUAUCACAGGAGGCAGGUGUCUGGUCAGAUAACGCCCCAGAGCAGAGGAGGGUGCCCAGGUAUAUCACAGGAGGCAGGUGUCUGAUCAGAUAACGCCCCAGAGCAGAGGAGGGUGCCCAGGUGUCUGAUCAGAUAACGCCCCAGAGCAGAGGAGGGUGCCCAGGUGUCUGAUCAGAUAACGCCCCAGAGCAGAGGAGGGUGCCCAGGUAUAUCACAGGAGGCAGGUGUCUGAUCAGAUGACGCCCCAGAGCAGAGGAGGGUGCCCAGGUAUAUCACAGGAGGCAGGUGUCUGGUCAGAUAAUGCCCCAGAGCAGAGGAGGGUGCCCAGGUAUAUCACAGGAGGCAGGUGUCUGGUCAGAUAACGCCCCAGAGCAGAGGAGGGUGCCCAGGUAUAUCACAGGAGGCAGGUGUCUGAUCAGAUAACGCCCCAGAGCAGAGGAGGGUGCCCAGGUAUAUCACAGGAGGCAGGUGUCUGAUCAGAUAACGCCCCAGAGCAGAGGAGGGUGCCCAGGUAUAUCACAGGAGGCAGGUGUCUGGUCAGAUAACGCCCCAGAGCAGAGGAGGGUGCCCAGGUAUAUCACAGGAGGCAGGUGUCUGAUCAGAUAACGCCCCAGAGCAGAGGAGGGUGCCCAGGUGUCUGAUCAGAUAACGCCCCAGAGCAGAGGAGGGUGCCCAGGUAUAUCACAGGAGGCAGGUGUCUGAUCAGAUAACGCCCCAGAGCAGAGGAGGGUGCCCAGGUAUCUCCAAGUAGGACUCAAGAGUUUCAUAGACCUGUGUUGUAUGUCUCCUUAACUCUGAAUGCAAUAUUGCACUAUUGUCCAAUGUGUUCGCAGCCAGAUGAAACAAAGGUAAAUGGAGACUCAAAAUCCACAAAAAGCUUUUCAGCUACAAACACGGAUCAAACAAAGACAUGCUUGCCUCCAUCUUGAAAUGUGAGCGUAAGAACCUAAUCAGACUGUAUACCAGUUCUCAGAACAUCCGGCCUGAAUAAGCAGAAACCAAGGUAUCAUGGCUAACCAACACGCUAGUUAGCUUGCUAAUUCUGCCGGUUUCUUGUGUUGCUAUGCAGGUAUUUUCUCCAUGGUGUCUGCCGAGAAGGGAACAGGUGCAUGUUCUCUCAUGACCUGACCACCAGUAAACCUUCAACCAUCUGUAAGUUCUACCAGAGAGGUGUGUGCGCCUACGGAGACCGCUGCAGGUAAGAUCCAACCUACUGACCGCACUGAUGGGCUGGAAUGUACAGUUACUGGAUGAGUUUUUGCUCAACUAUAGUGUUCAAUAAAUGUCUGUUAUUAUCAUUGUGUGACUCUCUGUUGUAGGUAUGACCACAUCAAGCCAGGAGGGGGAGGGGGAGGAGGGGGAGGGAGAGGUGUGCCCACGGACCUCCCUAACAGAAACCCCAUCACUGCUGGGGCCUUCAUCUCUCCUGGGGUACCUGGACCUCUUGGGCCCACUGCACCCCCAGCCAGGCAGAACGGAGGGAAGAAACCGUUGGUGCUGAGAGAUAGAGGUAUGCAUGGUGGCCAUCUCACUGAGAGAUAGAGGUAUGCAUGGUGGCCAUCUCACUGAGAGAUAGAGGUAUGCAUGGUGGCCAUCUCACUGAGAGAUAGAGGUAUGCAUGGUGGCCAUCUCACUGAGAGAUGGAGGUAUGCAUGGUGGCCAUCUCACUGAGAGAUAGAGGUAUGCAUGGUGGCCAUCUCACUGAGAGAGAGAGAGGUAUGCAUGGUGGCCAUCUCACUGAGAGAUAGAGGUAUGCAUGGUGGCCAUCUCACUGAGAGAUAGAGGUAUGCAUGGUGGCCGUCUCACUGAGAGAUAGAGGUAUGCAUGGUGGCCGUCUCACUGAGAGAGAGAGAGGUAUGCAUGGUGGCCAUCUCACUGAGAGAGAGAGGUAUGCAUGGUGGCCGUCUCACUGAGAGAGAUAGAGGUAUGCAUGGUGGCCAUCUCACUGAGAGAUAGAGGUAUGCAUGGUGGCCAUCUCACUGAGAGAUAGAGGUAUGCAUGGUGGCCAUCUCACUGAGAGAUAGAGGUAUGCAUGGUGGCCAUCUCACUGAGAGAUAGAGGUAUGCAUGGUGGCCAUCUCACUGAGAGAUGGAGGUAUGCAUGGUGGCCAUCUCACUGAGAGAUAGAGGUAUGCAUGGUGGCCAUCUCACUGAGAGAGCGAGAGGUAUGCAUGGUGGCCAUCUCACUGAGAGAUAGAGGUAUGCAUGGUGGCCAUCUCACUGAGAGAUAGAGGUAUGCAUGGUGGCCGUCUCACUGAGAGAUAGAGGUAUGCAUGGUGGCCAUCUCACUGACCACGUCUACAUACACACCAAUAUCCCGUUAUUAUUCGGGAUACUCAAGUAUUCUGUUUUUGAGUUGACGCUAGGACUGGGUUAUAGAAUUAAUUUGAUUUAUUCAAAUAUGUUUUUCGCGUGAUAUUCCAAAUGCCUGUAUCGCAAGAAUCAAGUUUUUGUUAUUUUUCGUUUUUCUGAGCGUUUAUGUUCGCUUCUUCUCAUGUUGUAUUUCUGGUCUCGUCUCAUUCGCUCCUUCUGUCCUGUGCACCUUCCAAUUUACACCAGAAAUCUGGAUAUAAUGAGGAGAUGCUCACGUCUCCACCCUAACAAUGGGAGUUGUUGUCCCAAAGGCAGGAAGGCAGGUGACAAGUUUAGGUCCAAAAUAAGCCCAUAGAAACACUUUGGCCUUAUUUUGGACAGAUUUUAGCAAGAGUGAAACCUCUCGCUUCCUCUAUGGUUUACACACACACACACACCAAGCCCCUCCCCCCGCCUCUCACACCAAGCCCCUCCCCCCGCCUCUCACACCAAGCCCUUCCCCCUCACACCAAGCCCCUCCCCCCGCCUCUCACACCAAGCCCUUCCCCCUGCCUCUCACACCAAGCCCCUCCCCCUGCCUCUCACACCAAGCCCCUCCCCCUGCCUCUCACGCCAAGCCCCUCCCCCUGCUCCUCACACCAAGCCCCUCCCCCCGCCUCUCACACCAAGCCCCUCCCCCUGCCUCUCACACCAAGCCCCUCCCCCCGCCUUUCACACCAAGCCCCUCCCCCCCGCCUCUCACACCAAGCCCCUCCCCCUGCAUCUCACACCAAGCCCCUCCCCCUCACACCAAGCUCUCACACCAAGCCCUUCCCCUCCCCCUCACACCAAGCCCCCCCUCCCCCUCACACCAAGCCCCUCCCCCUGCCUCUCACACCAAGCCCCUCCCCCUCACACCAAGCUCCUCACACCAAGCCCUUCCCCCUCCCCCUCACACCAAGCCCCUCCCCCUCACACCAAGCCCCUCACACCAAGCCCCUCCCCCUGCCUCUCACACCAAGCCCUUCCCCCUGCCUCUCACACCAAGCCCCUCCCCCUCACACCAAGCCCCUCCCCUUCACACCAAGCCCCUCCCCCUACUCUCACACCAAGCCCCUCUCACGCCAACAUAGUUGACAGAUCACAUCUUCCUCUCAGACAAAGCGGUUUCAACUCGCUAGUUGCAUUUGAGGUUUGGUCCAACAGAAUCGGUCAUAUGGACAAACACAUUGAGACAACUUCUCCUCUAGUACAGAAAAAAUUAACUUUUCUACCCUUUUUAUCUCAACUACUCAAAUUGCGCACAGAGUAGACACUACUAAAACAAGAGUAUCAAUGAACAUUGAUGAUUGAAAAUGAAUGCACAGUUUGUCACGUGCGGCAUUGGGGAGCCAUGUACCGCACUGUAAUACUAGCUGCCUAGUCUGCAAUAGAAAAUAGAGCUCUAUCUAUCUAGCUAUAUCUCUAUCUAUAUACACUACCGUUCAAAAGUUUGGGGUCACUUAGAAAAUAGAGCUCUAUCUAUCUAGCUAUAUCUCUAUCUAUAUACACUACCGUUCAAACGUUUGGGGUCACUUAGAAAAUAGAGCUCUAUCUAUCUAGCUAUAUCUCUAUCUAUAUACACUACCGUUCAAACGUUUGGGGUCACUUAGAAAAUAGAGCUCUAGCUAUCUAGCUAUAUCUCUAUCUAUAUACACUACCGUUCAAACGUUUGGGGUCACUUAGAAAAUAGAGCUCUAUCUAUCUAGCUAUAUCUAUAUCUAUAUACACUACCCGUUCAAACGUUUGGGGUCACUUAGAGCUCUAUUUUUCUAAUAGUGACCCCAAACGUUUGAAACGGUAGGGUAUAGAUAGAGAUAUAGCGAGAUAGCUAGAGCUCUAUUUUCUAAGUGACCCAACGUUGAACGGUAGUGUAUAUAGAUAUAUAGCUAGAUAGAUAGAGCUCUAUUUUCUAAGUGACCCAAAGUUGAACGGAGGUAUAUGAUAGAAUAUCUAAUGAUAGACUCUUUUUCUAAGUGACCCAAACGUUUGAACGGUAGUGUAUAUAGAUAGAGAUAUAGCUAGAUAGAUAGAGCUCUAUUUCUAGUAGAACGGUUGUAUAUAGAGAGAUAUAGAAAGAUAGACCAUUUUUUCUAAGUGACCCCAAACGUUUGAACGGUAGUGUAUAUAGAUAGAGAUAUAGCUAGAUAGAUAGAGCUCUAUUUUCUAAGUGACCCCAAACGUUUGAACGGUAGUGUAUAUAGAUAGAGAUAUAGCUAGAUAGAUAGAGCUCUAUUUUCUAUCUAUCUAGCUAUAUCUCUAUCUAUAUACACUACCGUUCAAACGUUUGGGGUCACUUAGAAAAUAGAGCUCUAUCUAUCUAGCUAUAUCUCUAUCUAUAUACACUACCGUUCAAACGUUUGGGGUCACUUAGAAAAUAGAGCUCUAUCUAUCUAGCUAUAUCUCUAUCUAUAUACACUACCGUUCAAACGUUUGGGGUCACUUAGAAAUGUCCUUGUUUUCGAAAGAAAAGCAAUUUUUUUGUCCAUUUUUAAAAUAACAUCAAAUUGAUCAGAAAUACAGUGUAGACAUUGUUAAUGGCUAUUGUAGCUGGAAACGGCUGAUUUUUAAUGGAAUAUCUACAUAGGCGGACAGAGGCCCAUUAUCAGCAACCAUCAGUCCUGUGUUCCAAUGGCACGUUGUGUUUGCUAAUCCAAGUUUAUCAUUUUAAAGGCUAAUUGAUCAUUAGAAAACCCUUUUGCAAUUUUGUUAGCACAGCUAAAAACUGUUGUGCUGAUUAAAGAAGCAAUAAAACUGGCCUUCUUGAGACUAGUUGAGUAUCUGGAGCAUCAGCAAUUGUGGGUUCGAUUACAGGAUAAAAAAUGGCCAGAAACAAAUAACUUUCUUCUGAAACACGUCAGUCUAUUCUUGUUCUGAGAAAUGAAGGCUAUUCCAUGCGAGAAAUUGCCAAGAAACUGUAGAUCUCGUACAACGCUGUGUACUACUCCCUUCACAGAACAGUGCAAACUGGCUCUAACCAGAAUAGAAAGAGGAGUGGGAGGCCCCGGUGCACAACUGAGCAAGAGGACAAAUACAUUAGUGUCUAGUUUGAGAAACAGCCGCCUCACAGGUCCUCAACUGGCAGCUUCAUUAAAUAGUACCCGCAAAACAGCAGGCUCAAUGUCAACAGUGAAGAGGCGACUCCGGGAUGUCUUCUCUGUCAUGAAUGUUCCAUUGUUGCCCUUUUUAGAAACAUGGUUGACCAAAGAGACAGCCAUGCUUUAUGACAUGUCUCCUUAUAAUGCUGACCUUCUAGGCAGAGUUGCAAAGCCGUAUCUCAGACUGGCCAAUAAAAAGAACACAGACACUGGACUUUUUCUCUCUGCCUAGAAGGUCAGCAUCCCGGAGUCGCCUCUUCACUGUUGACGUUGAGACUGGUGUUUUGCGGGUACUAUUUAAUGAAGCUGCCAGUUGAGGACCUGUGAGGCGUCUGUUUCUCAAACUAACACACACACACACACACACACACACAGUACCAGUCAAAAGUUUUAGAACACCUCCUCAUUCAAGGGUUUUACUUUAUUUUUACUAUUUUCUACAUUGUAGAAUAAUAGUGAAGACAUCAAAACUAAGAAAUAGCACCUAUGGAAUCAUGUAGUAACCAAAAAAGUGUUAACAAAAUCAAAAUAUAUGUUAUAUUUGAGAUUCUUCAAAUAGCCACCCUUUGCCUUGAUGACAUCUUUGCACACUCUUGGCAUUCUCUCAACCAGCUUCACCUGGAAUGCUUUUCCAACAGUCUUGAAGGAGUUCCCACAUAUGCUGAGCACUUGUUGGCUGCUUCUCCUUCACUCUGCCGUCCGACUCAUCCCAAACCAUCUCAAUUGGGUUGAGGUCGGAGGAUUGUGGAGGCCAGGUCAUCUGAUGCAACACUCCAUCACUCUCCUUCUUGGUCAAAUAGCCCUUACACAGCCUGGAGGGGUGUUGAGUCAGUGUCCUGUUGAAAAACAAAUGAUAGCCCAAACCAGAUGGGAUGGCAUAUCUCUACAGAAUGCUGUGGUAGCCAUGCUGGUUAAGUGUGCCUUGAAUUCUAAAUAAAUCACAGACAGUGUCACCAGCAAAGCACCCCCACACCAUAACAACACCUCCAUGCUUUACGGUGGGAAAUACACAUGCGGAGAUCAUCCGUUCACCCACACCGUGUCUCACAAAGACACGGCGGUUGGAAACAAAAAUCUCAAAUUUGGACUCAUCAGACCAAAGGACACAUUUCCACCUGUCUAAUGUCCAUUGCUCGUGUUUCUUGGCCCAAGCAGGUCUCUUCUUAUUAUUGGUGUCCUUUAGUAGUGGUUUCUUUGCAGCAAUUCGACCAUGAAGGCCUGACUCACACAGUCCCCUCUGAACAGUUGAUGUUGAGAUGUCUUUUACUUGAACUCUGUGAAGCAUUUAUUUGGGCUGCAAUUUCUGAGGCUGGUAACUCUAAUAAACGUAUCCUCUGCAGCAGAGGUAACUCUGGGUCUUCCAUUCCUGUAGCGGUCCUCAUGAGAGCCAGUUUCAUCAUUCACUUGAUGGUUUUUGCGACUGCAUUUGAAGUGUGACUACCUCAUGAAGCUGGUUGAGAGAAUGCCAAGAGUAUGCAAAGCAGUCAUCAAAGCAAAGGGUGGCUAUUUGAAGAAUCUCAUAAAAUAUAUUUUGAUUUGUUGAACUCUUUUUUUGGUUACUACAUGAUUCCAUAUGUGUUAUUUCAUAGUUUUGAUGUCUUCACUAUUAUUCUACAAUGUAGAAAAUAGUAAAAAUAAAGAAAAACCCUUGAAUGAGUAGGUGUUCUAAAACUUUUGACUGGUAGUGUAUAUUGUGAAUCGUCCAUAAGUUUGAAAAAAAUCAAGAUAUGAUUUUUAGGCCAUAUCACCUAGCCCUAGUUGACGCAUAUAAACAUCAUAUCCCAUUUACAAUAACCCAAAAAAGCUUGUAUCCCGGUUAUGAGAAACCCGGAUAAGAUGCCUGGGAUAUGCUGAUCUUAGAUGGGAUACUGUGGCAUGUAAACAUCUUAUCCCGUUUACUGUUGUUUUUGCGGUCAGCUCAGGCUCAGUUUCACAUAUCAUGGGUCUUGUGUGAUGAUGUUUUCAUCUGUCAAACAAUUCACUUCAAAUAGUAGGCAACCUGCAUAGUUCAAUCCACCAUAGUAAUUUAGCCUACUAUCAUUAAUUUACUAUAAUUUAAUUACGUUUCUGCUUAUAAUUUCCGACAUUUGGUAGGCCGUAUAACCUGGGACAUUUGGUAGGCCGUAUAACUUGGGACAUUUGGUAGGCCGUAUAACUUGGGACGUUUGGUAGGCCGUAUAACUUGGGACAUUUGGUAGGCCGUAUAACUUGGGACAUUUGGUAGGCCGUAUAACUUGGGACGUUUGGUAGGCCGUAUAACUUGGGACAUUUGGUAGGCCGUAUAACCUGGGACAUUUGGUAGGCCGUAUAACUUGGGACAUUUGGUAGGCCGUAUAACCUGGGACAUUUGGUAGGCCGUAUAACCUGGGACAUUUGGUAGGCCGUAUAACUUGGGACAUUUGGUAGGCCGUAUAACUUGGGACAUUUGGUAGGCCGUAUAACUUGGGACAUUUGGUAGGCCGUAUAACUUGGGACAUUUGGUAGGCCGUAUAACUUGGGACAUUUGGUAGGCCGUAUAACUUGGGACAUUUGGUAGGCCAUUUGUUUGUCAACUAUAGUUAGAUACAUGCAGCUUCUCCUCUGUCUUAACUUGUUGCCCCAGAAGACUAAAGUAAUGUUCACUAGAAUAAUGUCUUACAUUGAUCUAAUGAAUGCCUUUAGUAAUCUAGUUAAUCAGUUUGACCGGUUUUAAGGAAAUGAAAAGCUGAGAACUAUAAGACUUCACGCAGCCAUGCAAUCUCCAGAGACAAACAUUGGCAGUAGAAUGGCCUUACUGAAGAACUCAGUGACUUUCAACAUGUCACCAUCAUAGGAUGCCACCUUUCCAACAAGUCAGUUCGUCAAAUUUCUGCCCUGCUAGAGCUGCCCCGGUCAACUGUAAGUGCUGUUAUUGUGAAGUGGAAAUGUCUAGGAGCAACACAUUUAGCAGGAGUUAAUAUUAUAUUAGGCUACAUGUGAGAGGGUGUAGUGGUGUGUCUCAGAUUUAAACCAAUAGUUUUAGUAUGUAGUUUGUCACUAGGAGGUGUCAAUGUGAUGCAGCCAAUAGUAUGAAUGGUGAAUCGAAUAUUCUGUGACCUUGACUUCAACUGUCUGUCUGUCUGUGUGUUCCAGCCUUGGGGUGUGACAGUAGAAUGAUGCCCUACGGUGGGGGUGGCUCAGAGGCGGACUGUUGGGCGGAGUACCAUGACAACAGCGCCCAUGCCAAACCUCCUCACUCCUACCUGGACGCCAUCAGGACCGGUCUGGAGUGUUCUGCCACGGCCGGCCCCUACCAUGUCCCUGGCCCCCAGCCACAGCUCUGUCCCUACGCCGCUGCAGGACAGUGUCACUAUGGAAACACCUGUCCCUAUCUCCACGGUGACCUGUGUGACAUCUGCCGUCUUCAGGUGCUCCACCCACAUGACCCCGAGCAGAGGAGAGCUCACGAGAAGGUAGGACCCAUACUACUGACCUUUAACCCUAACCCACACAUGACCCCGAGCAGAGGAGAGCUCCCAAGAAGGUAGGAGGCCACAUUGUUCUGUAGUCUCUAAUUGCACUGUCUAAUAUAGCUUUAUGUUGAUAGAACUGUGUCCUAAGUGGAGGACAAUGGACAAGUUAAACAAUGUUGGAUGAAGAUGAUACUGUUUGGAUAUCAAUAGGUAUCGCCUCUCUCUGUCAGAUGUGUAUGUUGGUGUUCGAGGCGGACAUGGAGAAGGCGUUUGCAGCGCAGCACAGCCAGGACAAGGUGUGUUCCAUCUGUAUGGAGGUGGUUUAUGAGAAAGCUGCAGCCUCAGAGAGACGCUUCGGGAUCCUCUCUUCCUGCUGCCACACAUACUGCCUCUCCUGCAUCCGCCAGUGGCGCUGCGCCAAGCAGUUUGAGAACAAGAUCAUCAAGUGAGUUGAUAACUACUAUAAACACCAAGCAGUUUGAGAACAAGAUCAUCAAGUGAGUUGAUAACUACUAUAAACACCAAGCAGUUUGAGAACAAGAUCAUAAAUUGAGUUGAUGGUUGCUAAUAUACUAUGGUAGAAGAGCCUCCAUAGCUUCUACAUAAUAGUGAGGAUGUGAUGGUUGUUUUACCACCAGGGUGCUAAUAGAAAUGCAUGUCUAACCUCCACUGUUAAUCAGGUAACCCUGAUAACUUCAGAGAGUUUCAGCAGGAUGUAGUCAUGAAGCAGCAGAGAAUGACUGGACAUAGUAUACAGUGUUGUGUCUCUGGUCAGGUCGUGUCCAGAGUGCAGAGUGGUGUCUGAGUUUGUCAUGCCCAGCGGUUACUGAGUGGAGGACCAGGAUGUGGCUAACUGUGUGCCUCUCUCUCCAGGUCGUGUCCAGAGUGCAGAGUGGUGUCUGAGUUUGUCAUCCCCAGCGGUUACUGGGUGGAGGACCAGGAUGAGAAGAACAGACUGAUAGAGGACUUCAAGUCUGGAGUCAGGUGUGUGUGUGUGUGUGUGUGUGUGUGUGUGUGUGGUACCAGUCAAAAGCUUGGACACACCUACUCAUCCCAGGAUUUUUCUUUAUUCUUUUAAUAUUUUCUACAUUGUAGAAUAAUAGUGAAGACAUCAAAACUAUGACAUAACACAUAUGGAAUCAUGUAGUAAACAAAAAAGUGUUAAACAAAUCAAAAUAUAUUUUAUAUUUGAGAUUCUUCAAAUAGCCACCCUUUGCCUUGAUGACAGCUUUGCACACUCUUGGCAUUCUCUCAACCAGCUUCACCUGGAAUGCUUUUCCAACAGUCUUGAAUGAGUUCCCACAUAUGCUGAGCACUUGUUGGCUGCUUUUCCUUCACUCUGUGGUCCGACUCAUCCCAAACCAUCUCAAUUGGGUUGAAGUCGGGGGAUUGUGGAGGCCAGAUCAUCUGAUGCAGCACUCCAUCACUCUCCUUCUUGGUCAAAUAGCCCUUACACAGCCUGGAGGUGUGUUGGGUCAUUGUCCUGUUGAAAAAAAAAAAAAGAUAGUCCCACUAAGCCCAAACCAGAUGGGAUGGCGUAUCGCUGCAGAAUGCUGAGGUAGCCAUGCUGGUUAAGUGUUCCUUGAAUUCUAAAUAAAUCAAAAAUAUGUUAACACCUGCUCGUCGAACAUCUCAUUCCAGUAUCUUUUGAGAAAAUGCAAACGCAUGUGUAAUGUGUCAUCUUUGACACUUAUGUAAGCAGAAAGUACAUUACCUAAGGUAUGUGGACACCUGCUAGUAGUAGUAGUUAGAAAGUGAAAACAUAUUUUUCUUGAAAAUGAAAUACACAAAUCUCAUUUACAUAAGUAUUCACACCCCUGAAUCAAUAUUUUGUAGAAGCACCUUUGGCAGCGAUUACAGCUGUGAGUCUUUCUGGGUAAAUCUGUAAGAGUUUUCCACACCUGUAUUGUGCAACAUUUGCCCAUUAUUAUUUUCAUAAUUCUUCAAGCUCUGUUGAAUUGGUGGUUGAUCAUUGCUAGAGAACCAUUUUUAGGUCUUGCCAUAGAUUUAAGUAAAAACUAACUCGGCCACUCAUUCACUGUCUUCUUGGUAAGCAACUCCAGUGUACAUUUGGCCUUGUGUUUUAGGUUAUUGUCCUGCUGAAAGGUGAAUUCAUCUCCCAGUGUCUGGUGGAAAGCAGACUGAAACAGGUUUUCCUCUAGGACUUUGCCUGUGCUUAGCUCCACCCCGUUUCUUUAUCCUGAAAAACUCCCCAGUCCUUAACGAUGACAAGCAUACCCAUAACAUGAUGCAGCCACCAUCAAUGUUCCCUCUAAGCUGCGCAGAAAUAAAUAUCAGCCUGCUCAGAGAAGCUAGAGAUUGAACUUCACUCAACUUUCUAGAGUUUUCCCCCUUAGUUAUGGAAUGCUUGUAAUUAUACUUCAGUAUACCAUAGUAACAUCUGACAAAAAUAUCUAAAAACACUGAAGCAGCAAACUUUGAAGACCAAUACUUGUGUCAUUCUCAAAACUUUUGACCACGACUGAACACCUUAGCCAAAUACAUUUAAACUCAGUUUUUCACAAUUCCACACCUGGAUUGUGCAACAUUUGGCCAUUAUUAUUUUGAUUGGUUUAACACUUUUGUGUUUACUACAUGAUUCCAAAUGUGUUAUUUCAUAGUUUUGAUGUCUUCACUAUUAUUCUACAACGUAGAAAAUAGUAAAAAUAAAGAAAAAUCCUGGAAUCAGUAGGUGUCCAAACUUUUGACUGGUACUGUAUGACAAAAAAUAUGUUAACACCUGCUCGUCGAACAUCUCAUUCCAGUAUCUUUUGAGAAAAUGCAAACGCAUGUGUAAUGUGUCAUCUUUGACACUUAUGUAAGCAGAAAGUACAUGACCAAAAGUAUGUGGACACCUGCUUGUAUGUGGACACCUCCACUCUUCUGGGAAGGCUUUCCACUAGAUGUUGGAACAUUGCUGCGGGGACUUGCUUCCAUUCAGCCACAAGAGCAUUAGUGAGGUCGGGCACUGAUGUUGGGCGAUUAGGCCUGGCUUGCAGUCGGCGUUCCAAUUCAUCCCAAAGGUGUUCAUCACUCCAGAGAACGUGUUUCCGCUACUCCAGAGUCCAAUGGCGGCAAGUUUUACACCACUCUAGCUGACACUUGGCAUUGUGCAUGGUGAUCUUAGGCUUGUGUGCGGCUGCUUGUUAUGGAAACCCAUUUCAUGAAGCUCCCGAUGAACCGUUCUUGUGCUUACGUUGCGUCCAGAGGCAGUUUGGAACUCGGUAGUGUGUGUUGCAACAGUGUCUGUGCACGCUUCAGCACUCGACGGUCCUGUUCUGUGAGCUUGUGGCCUACCACUUCACGGCUGAACAGUUGUUGCAUCUAGACGUUUCCACUUCACAGAUAUUUUAACGAACUGACUUGUGGGAAAGGUGGUAUCCUAUGACGGUGCCAUGUUGAAAGUCACUGAGCUCUUCAGUAAGGCCAUUCUACUGCCAAUGUUUGUCUAUGGAGAUUGUAUGGCUGGGUGCUUGAUUUUAUACACCUGUUAGCAUCGUGUGUGGUUGGAAUAGCAGAAUCCACUAAUUUGAAAGGGUGUCCACAUACUUUUGUAUAUACAGUGAGGGGAAAAAAAGUAUUUGAUCCCCUGCUGAUUUUGUACGUUUGCCCACUGACAAAGACAUGAUCAGUCUAUAAUUUUAAUGGUAGGUUUAUUUGAACAGUGAGAGACAGAAUAACAACAAAAAAAUCCAGAAAAACGCAUGUCAAAAAUGUUAUAAAUUGAUUUGCAUUUUAAUGAGGGAAAUAAGUAUUUGACCCCUCUGCAAAACAUGACUUAGUACUUGGUGGCAAAACCCUUGUUGGCAAUCACAGAGGUCAGACGUUUCUUGUAGUUGGCCACCAGGUUUGCACACAUCUCAGGAGGGAUUUUGUCCCACUCCUCUUUGUAGAUCGUUACCUGUAUAAAAGACACCUGGGAGCCAGAAAUCUUUCUGAUUGAGAGGGGAUCAAAUACUUUUUUCCCUCACUGUAUAGUGAACAUACAGUUAAAGUCAGAAGUUUACAUACACCUUAGCCAAAUACAUUUAAACUCAGUUUUUCACAAUUCCUGACAUUUAAUCCUAGUAAAAAUUCCCUGUUUUAGGUCAGUUAGGAUCACCACUUUAUUUUAAGAAUGUGAAAUGUCAGAAUAAUAGUAGAGAGAAUUAUAUAUUUCAGCUUUUUAUUUCUUUCAUCAAAUUCCCAGUGGGUCAGAAGUUUACAUACACUCAAUUAGUAUUUGGUAGCAUUGCCUUUAAAUUGUUUAACUUGGGUCAAACGUUUCGGGGAGCCUUCCACAAGCUUCCCACAAUAAGUUGGGUGAAUUUUGGCCCAUUGCUCCUGACAGAGCUGGUGUAACUGAGUCAGGUUUGUAGGCCUCCUUGCUCGCACACGCUUUUUCAGUUCUGCCCACAGAUUUUCUAUAGGAUUGAGGUCAGGGCUUUGUGAUGGCCACUCCAAUACCUUGACUUUGUUGUCCUUAAGCCAUUUUGCCACAACUUUGGAAGUAUGCUUGGGGUCAUUUUCCAUUUGGAAGACUCAUUUGCGACCAUGCUUUAACUUCCUGACUGAUGUCUUGAGAUGUUGCUUCAAUAUAUCCACAUAAUUUUCCUUCCUGAUGAUGCCAUCUAUUUUGUGAAGUGCACCUUUUUCCUCCAAACAUAACGAUGGUCAUUAUGGCCAAACAGUUCUAUUUUUGUUUCAUCAGACCAGAGGACAUUUCUCAAAAAAGUACGAUCUUUGUCCCCAUGUGCAUUUGCAAACCGUAGUCUGGCUUUUUUAUGGCGGUUUUGGAGCAGUGGCUUCUUCCUUGCUGAGCGGCCUUUCAGGUUAUGUCGAUAUAGGACUUGUUUUACUGUGGAUAUAGAAACUUUUGUACCGGUUUCCUCCAGCAUCUUCACAAGAUCCUUUGCUGUUGUUCUGGGAUUGAUUUGCACUUUUCGCACCAAAGUACGUUCAUCUCUAGGAGACAGAACGCGUCUCCUUCCUGAGCGGUAUGAUGGCUGCGUGGUCCCAUGGUGUUUAUACUUGCGUAUUAUUGUUUGUACAGAUGAACGUGGUACCUUCAGGCGUUUGGAAAUUGCUCCCAAGGAUGAACCAGACUUGUGGAGGUCUACAAUAUUUUUUCUGAGGUCUUUGCUGAUUUCUUUUUAUUUUCCCAUGAUGUCAAGCAAAGAGGCACUGAGUUUGAAGUUAGGCCUUGAAAUGCAUCCACAGGUACACCUCCAAUUGACUCAAAUGAUGUCCAUUAGCCUAUCAGAAGCUUCUAAAGCCAUGACAUAAUUUUCUGGAAUUUUCCAAGCUGUUUAAAGGCACAGUCAACUUAGUGUAUGUAAUCUUCUGACCCACUGGAAUUGUGAUACAAUGAAUUAUAGUGAAAUAAUCUGUCUGUAAACAAUUGUUGGAAAAAUUACUUGUCAUGCACAAAGUAGAUGUCCUAACCGACUUGCCAAAACUAUAGUUUGUUAACAAGAAAUUUGUUGAGUGGUUGAAAAAUGAGUUUGAAUGACUCCAACCUAAGUGUUUGUAAACUUCGGACUUCAACUGUACAUACAUAGAGGGUACAAAACAUUAAGAACACCUUCCUAAUAUUGAGUUGCACCACCACCCCUUUUUGCCUUCAGAACAGCCUCAAUUCGUCGGGGCAUGGACUCUACAAGGUGUCGAAAGCGUUCCACAGGGAUGCUGGCCCAUGUUGACUGCAAUGCUUCCCACAGUUGUGUCAAGUUGGCUGGAUGUCUUUUGGGUGGUGGACCAUUCUUGAUACACACUGGAAACUGUUGAGCGUGGAAAAACCCAGCAGUGUUGCAGUUCUUGACUCAAACCGGUGCGCCUGGCACCAUACCCCAUUCGAAGGCACUUAAAUCUUUUGUCUUGCCCAUUCACCCUCUGAAUGGCACACCUACACAAUCCAUGUCUCAAGGCUUAAAAAUCCUUCUUUAACUUGUCUCCUCCCCUUCAUCUACACUGGCUGAAGUGGAUUUAACAGGUGACAUCAAUAAGGGAUCAUAGCUUUCACCUGGAUUCACCUGGUCAGUCUGUCAUGGGAAGAGCAGGUGUUCCUAAUGUUUUGUGCACUUGGUGUAGACUAACUAUACGUUAAGGAUGAGCAGUUAAAGUCUGCAGUCAGGUCAGACACUGUAUACUGGACAGCACUGACCAGAGCUCUAGAUGAUAGACAGAGGAGCUCUGUGGGCUGCUGGCCUUUUACUGUGGAACAACAUAAUACCAGCUAACCUCAUAGUGGAACAACAUAAUACCAGCUAACCUCAUAGUGGAACAACAUAAUACCAGCUAACCUCAUAGUGGAACAACACAAUACCAGCUAACCUCAUAGUGGAACAACAUAAUACCAGCUAACCUCAUAGUGGAACAACAUAAUACCAGCUAACCUCAUAGUGGAACAACAUAAUACCAGCUAACCUCAGAACAACAUAAUACCAGCUAACCUCAGAACAACAUAAUACCAGCUAACCUCAGAACAACAUAAUACCAGCUAACCUCAUAGUGGAACAACAUAAUACCAGCUAACCUCAUAGUGGAACAACAUAAUACCAGCUAACCUCAUAGUGGAACAACAUAAUACCAGCUAACCUCAUAGUGGAACAACAUAAUACCAGCUAACCUCAGAACAACAUAAUACCAGCUAACCUCAGAACAACAUAAUACCAGCUAACCUCAGAACAACAUAAUACCAGCUAACCUCAUAGUAGAACAACAUAAUACCAGCUAACCUCAUAGUGGAACAACAUAAUACCAGCUAACCUCAGAACAACAUAAUACCAGCUAACCUCAGAACAACAUAAUACCAGCUAACCUCAGAACAACAUAAUACCAGCUAACCUCAUAGUAGAACAACAUAAUACCAGCUAACCUCAUAGUGGAACAACAUAAUACCAGCUAACCUCAUAGUGGAACAACAUAAUACCAGCUAACCUCAGAACAACAUAAUACCAGCUAACCUCAGAACAACAUAAUACCAGCUAACCUCAGAACAACAUAAUACCAGCUAACCUCAUAGUGGAACAACAUAAUACCAGCUAACCUCAUAGUGGAACAACAUAAUACCAGCUAACCUCAUAGUGGAACAACAUAAUACCAGCUAACCUCAUAGUGGAACAACAUAAUACCAGCUAACCUCAGAACAACAUAAUACCAGCUAACCUCAGAACAACAUAAUACCAGCUAACCUCAUAGUGGAACAACAUAAUACCAGCUAACCUCAGGAACACACAUAUACCCAGCCUACCUCAGAACAAACAUAUACCAGCCUAACCUCAUAGUAGUAACAAACCAUAAUACAGCUAAACCUCAUCAGUGGAACAAACAUAAUACCAGCUAACCUCAGAACAAACAUAAUACCUACCAGCUAACCUCAUAGUGAACCAACCAUAAUAGCCAGCUAACCUCAUAGGUGGAACAACAAUAAUACAGCUAACCUCAGAACAAACAUAAUAACCAGCUAACCUCAGAACAACCAUAAUACCAGCUCAACCUCCAUAGUGGAACAACAUAAUACCAGCUAACCUCAGAACAACAUAAUACCAGCUAACCUCAGACAAACAUAAUACCAGCUAACCUCAAGAACAACAUAAUACCAGCUAACCCUCAUAGUAGAACAACAUAUAAUACCAGCUAAAAAGGACACAACAUAAUACAGUAACCUCAAGUGGAACAACAUAAAUACCAGCUAAACCUCAUAGUGGAAACAACAUACAUACCAGCUAACCUCAUAGUGGGAUACACAUAAUAUACCAGCUAACCUCAUAGUGGAACAACAUAAUACCAGCUAACCUCAGAACAACAUAAUACCAGCUAACCUCAUAGUGGAACAACAUAAUACCAGCUAACCUUCAACUGUAGUACACUGUCCACUGGGCCAGAAUAAUACCAGCUAAGCAUCAUUUUACUGUCGCUACAUUCAGCCCACUGCCAAGCUGAGCUGUCCUGUUCUGACCCGGCCACACAUCCAACAUAGUUACAGCUGAUCUUCAAUCUGAAAGCUGGUUUCCGUGUUUCCUGUCCUGUUGUCUUCCUUCUGUAGUUGGAAGCCAUGUAAAUGGCCCUGUGUAGCUCAGUUGGUAGAGGAUGGCGCUUGCAACACCAGGGUUGUGGGUUCGAUUCCCACGGGGGGCCAGUAUGAAAAAAAAAAAUAUGUAUGCACUCACUAACUGUAAGUCACUCUGGAUAAGAGCGUCUGCUAAAUGACUAAAAUGUUUUAAAAAAAUGUAAAUGUAAAUACUUUGACCAGGGUGCUGGUCCCUAACUCUAACCCUGCCCAGUGUCCUGUUCUCUCCUUCCUGUUGUCUUCCUUCUAUAGUAAGAAGGCGUGUAAAUACUUUGACCAGGGCCGGGGAAGCUGUCCGUUUGGAGGGAAGUGUUUCUACAUGCAUGCUUACCCUGACGGAACACGGGCCGAGCCGGACAAACCACGCAAGCAGCUGGGCUCUGAGGGUAACGUGAGGGUAAGAAAUAUCACUACUACUAUCAUUACUCAAUGACCAUGCUCUGACAAGACUAUCACCACUCAGGGUUCGAUACUGAGACCAAAACAUUUGCAUUUGCGACCGUUUUUCUUUGACAGUGCGACACAUAUUUUUAGUUGGUCGCAAGGGUGCCAGUGAAAACAAUGUUACCUGGUCACGUUCGUGUUUGGUUCACAAUUUAGCUUUUUUUUUAUUAUCAUGAUUUAUUUAAACAGUAAUGUUUAUUAUCAUGAUUUAUUUAAACAGUAAUGUUUAAUUGACCUGAAAAAUAGACCAACUCUCUGAAGAGGCAACAACGGCACGGUAAUGCCCCGGUCGGUGUGUCAGGGCACGGUAAUGCCCCUGUCUGUUUGUGUUUAUUGGCCUACAUGUCCACCACUCUGUAGCCAUUAGCAAUGCUAAUGAUAGUUUAACAGUCUUCUGGUAGAAGGAAAGGCGAUUUAAAAGGUAACUACAAAGUAGCCUAUGACUACCUGGCAGAAUCAUGAUUAUUUGCAUCAAUCCAGUGGCCAUUUGUUUUGAAUACUCAAUCACAAUUGCACUACAGACCUAGGCGGCGUGUCCAUAGGCUAAUCUUCCCCUAAAGUACAUUUUAAUUAAAUUGUCAAAAUUCUAUAGCCGAAUGGUCAGACUCCAUUCAAAAUAAUCAUUAGCUUCUUUAAAAAAAAUAGCUGUGGAUUGUUUUAAAUCGCAUUGCCUACGGUCAGAAGGGCCAGUAAAGAGGCCCAGCCAGGCAUUAAGCAAUAUUUCAUCAUAGUUUGGAAAGCAAAUGGCUAUUGCUGUAAAGAAUGAAAAACUCUGUCUUUUGUAGUUAUUAAAGUUCUCAACUUAAUUGAUACAGCGGAGAGCAUCAGUCUUAUCCCCAGUGAGUGCCCAUAUUUACUCUUUAUCAUUGUUGAGUCAGUGCCACUUGGAAAUGUGUUUUCUGGACAGUUUCCUCGUCCAGGUUAGAUGAUGUCAUAUUGGAGGCUGUGUUUCCUCGUCCAGGUUAGAUGAUGUCAUAUUGGAGGCUGUGUUUCCUCCUCCAGGUUAGAUGAUGUCAUAUUGUAGGCUGUGUUUCCUCGUCCAGGUUAGAUGAUGUCAUAUUGGAGGCUGUGUUUCCUCCUCCAGGUUAGAUGAUGUCAUAUUGUAGGCUGUGUUUCCUCGUCCAGGUUAGAUGAUGUCAUAUUGGAGGCUGUGUUUCCUCCUCCAGGUUAGAUGAUGUCAUAUUGUAGGCUGUGUUUCCUCCUCCAGGUUAGAUGAUGUCAUAUUGUAGGCUGUGUUUCCUCGUCCAGGUUAGAUGAUGUCAUAUUGUAGGCUGUGUUUCCUCCUCCAGGUUAGAUGAUGUCAUAUUGUAGGCUGUGUUUCCUCGCUCCAGGUUAGAUGAUGUCAUAUUGUAGGCUGUGUUUCCUCGUCCAGGUUAGAUGAUGUCAUAUUGUAGGCUGUGUUUCCUCCUCCAGGUUAGAUGAUGUCAUAUUGUAGGCUGUGUUUCCUCGUCCAGGUUAGAUGAUGUCAUAUUGUAGGCUGUGUUUCCUCCUCCAGGUUAGAUGAUGUCAUAUUGUAGGCUGUGUUUCCUCGUCCAGGUUAAUGAUGUCAUAUUGUAGGCUGUGUUUCCUCCUCCAGGUUUAGAUGAUGUCAUAUUGGUAGGCUGUGGUUUCCUCGUCCAGGUUAGAUGAUGUCAUAUUGUAGGCUGUGUUUCCUCGUCCAGGUAGAUGAUGUCAUAUUGUAGGCUGUGUUUCCUCGUCCAGGUUAGAUGAUGUCAUAUUGUAGGCUGUGUUUCCUCGUCCAGGUUAGAUUGAUGUCAUAUUGUAGGCUGUGUUUCCUCGCUCCAGGUUAGAUGAUGUCAUAUUGGAGGCUGUGUUUCCUCCUCCAGGUUAGAUGAUGUCAUAUUGUAGGCUGUGUUUCCUCCUCCAGGUUAGAUGAUGUCAUAUUGGAGGCUGUGUUUCCUCGUCCAGGUUAGAUGAUGUCAUAUUGUAGGCUAUUUGUGUUUCCCCGAUCCCUUCUCGUAUUAUAUGGAUAAUUUGUAUUGAUCUGUUUGUCACAGUCAGCAAAGUAGGUUAUCCUACUGGGGUAUUAGAAUUGCAUGAAAUGUGUUUAUAAAGGCCAAGAAACAUACGGUGUAUUCGGAAAGUAUACAGACCCCUUUACUUUUUCCACAUUUUGUUACGUUACAGCCUUAUUCUAAAAUAGAUUCAAUUGUUUUUUCCCCUCAUCAGUCUACACCCAAUACCCCAUAAUGACAAAGCAAAAACAGGUUUGGCAAAUGUAUUAAAAAUAAAAAACUGAUAUCACAUUUACAUAAGUAUUAAGACCCUUUACUCAGUACUUUGUUGAAGCACCUUUGGCAGUGAUUACAGCCUCAAGUCUUCUUGGGUAUGACGCUACAAGCUUGGCACACCUGUAUUUGGGGAGUUUCUCCCAUUCUUCUCUGCAGAUCCUCUCAAGCUCUCUCAGGUUGGAUGGGGUGCGUCGCUGGCCAGCUAUUUUCAGGUCUCUCCAGAGAUGUUCAAGUCUGGCUUCUGGCUGGGUCACUCAAGACAUUCAGAGACUUGUCCCGAAGCCACAAUCUGGGUUUCAUCAGACUAGAGAAUCUUGUUUCUCAUGGUCUGAGAGUCCUUUUAUAGGUGCCUUUUGGCAAACUCCAAGCGGGCUGUCAAGUGAAUUUUACUGAGGAGUGUCUUCCGUCUGGCCACUCUACCAUAAAGGCCUGAUUGGUGGUGCUGCAGAGAUGGUUGUCCUUCUGGAAGUUUCUCUCAUCUCCACAGAGGAACUCUUGAGCUCUGUCAGAGUGACCAUAAGGUUCUUGGUCACCUCCCUGACCAAGGCCCUUCUCCCACGAUUGGUGGUUCCAAACUUCUUCCAUUUAAGAUUGAUGGAGGCCACUGUGUUCUAGGGGACCUUCAGUGCUGCAGAAAUGUUUUGGUACCCUUCCCCAGAUCUGUGCCUCGACACAAUUCUGUCUCGCAGCUCUACGGACAAUUCCGUCGACCUCAUGGCUUGGUUUUUGCUCUGACAUGCACUGUCAACUGUGGGACCUUAUAUAAACAGGUGUGUGCCUUUCUAAAGCAUGUCCAAUCAAUUGAAUUUACCACAGGUGGACUCCAAUCAAGUUGUAGAAACAUCUCAAGGAUGAUCAAUGGAAACAAGAUGCACCAGAGCUCAAUUUCGAGUCUCAUAGUAAAGGGUCUGAAUACUUAUCUAAAAAUGGUAUUUCUGUUUUUAUUUUUAAAUUUGCAAACAUUUCAGAAAACCUGUUUUCGUUUUGUCAUUCUGAGGUAUUGUGUGUAGAUUGAUGAGGGGAAAAAACGAUUGAAUCUAUUUUAGAAUAAGGUUGUAACGUAACAAAAUGUGGAAAAAGUCAGGGGUCUGAAUACUUUCUGAAUGCACUUUACCUGAUAUAGCCUAUGACUACUCAACAAGACCGGCACUUACACAAAUGACGGAUGAUUGGCUGAGAGAAAUUGAUGAUAAAAAGAUUGGGGGGGCUGUUUCGUUAGACUUCAGUGCGGCUUUUGAUAUUAUCGAUCAUAUUCUGCUGCUGGAAAAACGUAUGUGUUAUGGCUUUACACCCCCUGCUGUAUUGUGGAUGAAGAGUUAACUGUCUAACAGAACACAGAGGGUGUUCUUUAAUGGAAGCCUCUCCAACAAAAUCCAGGUAGAAUCAGGAAUUCCCCAGGGCAGCUGUCUAGGCCCCUUACUUUUUUUCAAUCUUUACUAAUGACAUGCCACUGGCUUUGAUUAAAGCCAGUAAUUGCUUGGAAGGCAGCCACGGUGCGUCCUUUAUUUAAAGGGGGAGAUCAAGCUGAUCCUAACUGUUAUAGGCCAAUUUCUAUUUUGCACUGUUUAUCAAAAGUGUUGGAAAAACGUGUCAAUAUUCAGCUGAGUGCUUUCUUGAUGUCUAUAGUAUUCUCUCUGGUAUGCAAUCUGGUUUCCGCUCAGGUUAUGGAUGUGUCACUGCAACCUUAAAGGUCCUAAAUGAUGUCACCAUUGUCCUUGAUUCUAAGCAAUGUUGUGCUGCUAUUUUUAUUGACUUUGCCAAAGCUUUUGAUACGGUAGACCAUUCCAUCCUUGUGGGCCGGCUAAGGAGUAUUGGUGUCUCUGAGGGGUCUUUGGCCUGGUUUGCUAACUACCUCUCUCAAAGAGUGUUUUACUGUGGAUAUAGAUACUUUUGUACCUGUUUCCUCCAGCAUCUUCACAAGGUCCUUUGCUGUUGUUCUGGGAUUGAUUUGCACUUUUCGCACCAAAGUACGUUCAUCUCUAGGAGACAGAACGCAUCUCCUUCCUGAGCAGUAUGACGGCUGCGUGGUCCCAUUGUGUUUAUACUUGCGUACUAUUGUUUGUACAGAUGAACGUGGUACCUUCAGGUAUUUGGAAAUUGCUCCCAAGGAUGAACCGGACUUGUGGAGGUCUACAAUUAUUUUUGCUGAUUUCUUUUGAUUUUCCCAUGAUGUCAAGCGAAGAGGCACUGAGUUUGGCCUUGAAAUACAUCCACAGGUACACCUCCAAUUACAUUUACGUCAUUUAGCAGACGCUCUUAUCCAGAGCGACUUACAAAUUGGUGCAUUCACCUUAUAGCCAGUGGGAUAACCACUUUACUUUUUUAUUUUAUUUUUUUUUGUGGGGGGGGGGGUAGAAGGAUUACUUUAUCCUAUCCCAGGUAUUCCUUAAAGAGGUGGGGUUUCAAGUGUCUCCGGAAGGUGGUGAGUGACUCCGCCGUCCUGGCGUCGUGAGGGAGCUUGUUCCACCAUUGGGGUGCCAGAGCAGCGAACAGUUUUGACUGGGCUGAGCGGGAACUGUGCUUCUGCAGAGGUAGGGGGGCCAGCAGGCCAGAGGUGGAUGAACACAAUGCCCUCGUUUGGGUGUAGGGACUGAUCAGAGCCUGAAGGUAUGGAGGUGCCGUUCCCCUCACUGCUCCGUAGGCAAGCACCAUGGUCUUGUAGCGGAUGCGAGCUUCAACUGGAAGCCAGUGGAGUGUGCGGAGGAGCGGGGUGACGUGAGAGAACUUGGGAAGGUUGAACACCAGACGGGCUGCGGCAUUCUGGAUGAGUUGUAGUGGUUUAAUGGCACAGGCAGGGAGCCCAGCCAACAGCGAGUUGCAGUAAUCCAGACGGGAGAUGACAAGUGCCUGGAUUAGGACCUGUGCCGCUUCCUGUGUAAGGCAGGGUCGUACUCUCCGAAUGUUGUAGAGCAUGAACCUACAGGAUCGGGUCACCGCCUUGAUGUUAGCAGAGGACGACAGGGUGUUGUCCAGGGUCACGCCAAGGCUUUUUUUACUCUGGGAGGAGGACACAACGGAGUUGUCAACCGUGAUGGCGAGAUCAUGGAGCGGGCAGUCCUUCCCCGGGAGGAAGAGCAGCUCCGUCUUGCCGAGGUUCAGCUUGAGGUGGUGAUCCGUCAUCCACACUGAUAUGUCUGCCAGACAUGCAGAGAUGCGAUUCGCCACCUGGUUAUCAGAAGGGGGAAAGGAGAAGAUUAGUUGUGGGUCGUCUGCGUAGCAAUGAUAGGAGAGGCCAUGUGAGGAUAUGACGGAGCCAAGUGACUUGGUGUAUAGAGAGAAUAGGAGAGGGCCUAGAACUGAGCCCUGGGGGACACCAGUGGUGAGAGCACGUGGUGCGGAGACAGAUUCUCGCCACGCCACUUGGUAGGAGCGACCUGUCAGGUAGGACGCAAUCCAAGAGUGAGCCGCCCUGGAGAUGCCCAACUCGGAGAGGGUGGAGAGGAGGAUCUGAUGGUUCACAGUAUCAAAGGCUGCAGACAGGUCUAGAAGGAUAAGAGCAGAGGAGAGAGAGUUAGCUUUAGCAGUGCGGAGAGCCUCCGUGACACAGAGAAGAGCAGUCUCAGUUGAAUGACCAGUCUUGAAACCUGACUGGUUUGGAUCAAGAAGGUCAUUCUGAGAGAGAUAGCAAGAGAGUUGGCUAAAGACGGCACACUCAAGAGUUUUGGAGAGAAAAGAAAGAAGGGAUACUGGUCUGUAGUUUUAGGGAUCGAGUGUAGGUUUUUUGAGGAGGGGUGCAACUCUCGCUCUCUUGAAGACGGAAGGGACAUAGCUAGCAUUCAAGGAUGAGUUCACUCAUCAAUUGUCUCAAAUGAUGUCAAUUAGCCUAUCAGAAGCUUCUAAAGCCAUGACAUCAUUUUUCUGGAAUUUUCUAAGCUGUUUAAAGGCACAGUCAACUUAGUGUAUGUAAAAACCCACUGGAAAGUGAAAUAAUCUGUCUGUAAACAAUUGUUGGAAAAAUUACUUGUGUCAUGCACAAAGUAGAUGUCCUAACUGACUUGCCAAAACUAUAGUUUGUUAACAAGAAAUUUGUGGAGUAGUUGAAAAAGGAGUUUUAAUGACUCCAACCUAAGUGUAUGUAAACUUCCGACUUCAACUGUAGACAAUCUGGCUUUACUCAAAGCCAGUGGCAUGUAAUUAGUAAAGAUUGAAUAAAGUAAUGGGCCUAGACAGCUGCCAUGGGGAAUUACAUUUUAGCAGACGCUCUUAUCCAGAGCGACUUACAGGAGCAAUUAGGGUUAAGUGCCUUGCUCAAGGGCACAUCGACAGAUUUUUCACCUAGUCGGCUCGGGGAUUAGAACCAGUUACCUUUCGGUUACUGGCAUAACGCUCUUAACCACUAAGCUACCAGCCGCCAAAUUCCUGAUUCUACCUGGAUUUUGUUGGAGAGGCUUCCAUUAAAGAACACCCUCUGUGUUCUGUUAGACAGGUAACUCUGUAUCCACAAUAUAGCAGGUGGAGUAAAGCCAUAACACAUACGUUUUUCCAGCAGCAGACUAUGAUCAAUAAUGUCAAAAGCCACAUUGAAGUCUAACAAAACAGCCCCCACAAUCUUUUUAUCAUCAAUUUCUGUAAGCCAAUCACCAGUCAUUUGUGCUGUGCUUGUUGAUUUGUCUAUUUGUUUACUGUAACAUGGCAUUGUAUCUGAUCAAACACUAUUUUUUCCAAAAGUUUACUAAGGGUUGGUAACAGGCUGGAACGAGCUGCAAAAAGCACUCAAACUGGACAGUUUUAUCUCCAUCUCUUCAUUCAAAGACUCAAUCAUGGACACUCUGACUGACAGUUGUGGCUGCUUGGUGUGAUGUGUUGUUGUCUCUACCUUCUUGUUGUGAUGAAUGAUUUGUCCCAAAUAUAAUGCUUUUAGUUGUUAAUGUAUUCCUUGUUAAGUGUCUCUCGUCAUGAUGUGUUCUGUCCUAUAUUGUUUCUGUUUUCCAGCCCCCGUCCCCGCAGGAGGCCUUUUGCCUUUUGGUAGGCCGUCAUUGUAAAUAAGAAUUUGUUCUUAACUGACUUGCCUAGUUAAAUAAAAAAUAAAUAAAAGGCUGAUUGGUCGGCUAUUUGAGCCAGUUAAGGGGGCUUUGCUAUUGUUGGGUAACGGAAUGACUUUUGCUUCCCUCCAGGCCUGAGGGCACACACUUUCUAGUAGGCUUAGAUUGGACCUAUGGCAAAUAGGAGACUGUUAAGCAGUCUUCAACCUGUCUGUCAAGCAGUCUUCAACCUGCCUGUUAAGCAGUCUUCCUGGACAAGAGAUAGCGGUCCUAGCUGUAUUAUACCAAUCAUAAUAGAUGGAAGAGGUUCUGAAGGGCUUCUAUACUGCCACGCUUCCUUGGGAACUUAAUGGUGGUAUUCCAUUACAGUAUAGACUUGCAGCAAAGGGUCAGAGAUUAAGCAGGACAUCUCUUGUGUAUGAUAUCUGCAGUUGCGGCUCGCUGUAUCCAUUGAGGGUUAGGUCGACAGCUUGUUUGGUGCGUUUCAGAAAAGAAACGGAUUAAAACUAAUAGCCAAAGUACUGCUAUUAGCCUCAUUAUUAAUUAUCCGAUUUAAUGGCACUAAAAACUUGGUUGGUUGAGGUAGAUCGCGACUUUAAAACAACAACAAAAAAACAUGGAAUAGACUACCAUGAUGCUAAUAUUGAACCUCUAUACAACAUUACCAUGAUGCUAAUAUUGAACCUAUUGAACCUCUAUACAACAUUACCAUGAUGCUAAUAUUGAACCUCUAUACAACACUACCAUGAUGCUAAUAUUGAACCUCUAUACAACACUACCAUGAUGCUAAUAUUGAACCUCUAUACAACACUACAAUGAUGCUAAUAUUGAACCUCUAUACAACACUACAAUGAUGCUAAUAUUGAACCUCUAUACAACACUACAAUGAUGCUAAUAUUGAACCUCUAUACAACACUACCAUGAUGCUAAUAUUGAACCUCUAUACAACACUACAAUGAUGCUAAUAUUGAACCUCUAUACAACACUACAAUGAUGCUAAUAUUGAACCUCUAUACAACACUACCAUGAUGCUAAUAUUGAACCGCUAUACAACACUACAAUGAUGCUAAUAUUGAACCUCUAUACAACACUACCAUGAUGCUAAUAUUGAACCUAUUGAACCUCUAUACAACACUACCAUGAUGCUAAUAUUGAACCUCUAUACAACACUACCAUGAUGCUAAUAUUGAACCUCUAUACAACACUACCAUGAUGCUAAUAUUGAACCUAUUGAACCUCUAUACAACACUACCAUGAUGCUAAUAUUGAACCUCUAUACAACACUAACAUGAUGCUAAUAUUGAACCUCUAUACAACACUACCAUGAUGCUAAUAUUGAACCUCUAUACAACACUAACAUGAUGCUAAUAUUGAACCUAUUGAACCUCUAUACAACACUACCAUGAUGCUAAUAUUGAACCUCUAUACAACACUACAAUGAUGCUAAUAUUGAACCUCUAUACAACACUACCAUGGUGCUAAUAUUGAACCUCUAUACAACACUACAAUGAUGCUAAUAUUGAACCUCUAUACAACACUACAAUGAUGCUAAUAUUGAACCUCUAUACAACACUACAAUGAUGCUAAUAUUGAACCUCUAUACAACACUACCAUGAUGCUAAUAUUGAACCUCUAUACAACACUACAAUGAUGCUAAUAUUGAACCUCUAUACAACACUACAAUGAUGCUAAUAUUGAACCUCUAUACAACACUACCAUGAUGCUAAUAUUGAACCUUUAUACAACACUACAAUGAUGCUAAUAUUGAACCUCUAUACAACACUACAAUGAUGCUAAUAUUGAACCUCUAUACAACACUACCAUGAUGCUAAUAUGAACUAUUGAACUCUAUACAACACUACCAUGAUGCUAAUAUUGAACCUCUAUACAACACUACCAUGAUGCUAAUAUUGAACCUCUAUACAACACUACCAUGAUGCUAAUAUUGAACCUCUAUACAACACUACCAUGAUGCUAAUAUUGAACCUCAUACAACACUACCAUGAUGCUAAUAUUGAACCUAUGAACCUCUAUACAACACUACCAUGAUGCUAAUAUUGAACCUCUAUACAACACUACAAUGAUGCUAAUAUUGAACCUCUAUACAACACUACCAUGAUGCUAAUAUUGAACCUAUUGAACCUCUAUACAACACUACCAUGAUGCUAAUAUUGAACCUCUAUACAACACUAACAUGAUGCUAAUAUUGAACCUCUCUACAACACUACCAUGAUGCUAAUAUUGAACCUCUAUACAACACUACCAUGAUGCUAAUAUUGAACCUCUAUACAACACUACCAUGAUGCUAAUAUUGAACCUAUUGAACCUCUAUACAACACUACCAUGAUGCUAAUAUUGAACCUCUAUACAACACUACCAUUAUGCUAAUAUUGAACCUAUUGAACCUCUAUACAACACUACAAUGAUGCUAAUAUUGAACCUCUAUACAACACUAACAUGAUGCUAAUAUUGAACCUCUCUACAACACUACCAUGAUGCUAAUAUUGAACCUCUAUACAACACUAACAUGAUGCUAAUAUUGAACCUAUUGAACCUCUAUACAACACUACCAUGAUGCUAAUAUUGAACCUCUAUACAACACUACAAUGAUGCUAAUAUUGAACCUCUAUACAACACUACCAUGAUGCUAAUAUUGAACCUCUAUACAACACUACCAUGAUGCUAAUAUUGAACCUCUAUACAACACUACCAUGAUGCUAAUAUUGAACCUCUAUACAACACUACCAUGAUGCUAAUAUUGGACCUCUAUACAACACUACCAUGAUGCUAAUAUUGAACCUCUAUACAACACUACCAUGAUGCUAAUAUUGAACCUCUAUACAACACUACCAUGAUGCUAAUAUUGAACCUCUAUACAACACUACCAUGAUGCUAAUAUUGGACCUCUAUACAACACUACCAUGAUGCUAAUAUUGAACCUCUAUACAACACUACAAUGAUGCUAUUGAACCUCUAUACAACACUACCAUGAUGCUAAUAUUGAACCUCUAUACAACACUACCAUGAUGCUAAUAUUGAACCUCUAUACAACACUACCAUGAUGCUAAUAUUGAACCUCUAUACAACACUACCAUGAUGCUAAUAUUGAACCUCUAUACAACACUACCAUGAUGCUAAUAUUGAACCUCUAUACAACACUACCAUGAUGCUAAUAUUGAACCUCUAUACAACACUACCAUGAUGCUAAUAUUGGACCUCUAUACAACACUACAAUGAUGCUAAUAUUGAACCUCUAUACAACACUACCAUGAUGCUAAUAUUGAACCUAUUGAACCUCUAUACAACACUACAAUGAUGCUAAUAUUGAACCUCUAUACAACACUAACAUGAUGCUAAUAUUGAACCUCUAUACAACACUACCAUGAUGCUAAUAUUGAACCUCUAUACAACACUAACAUGAUGCUAAUAUUGAACCUAUUGAACCUCUAUACAACACUACCAUGAUGCUAAUAUUGAACCUCUAUACAACACUACCAUGAUGCUAAUAUUGAACCUCUAUACAACACUACCAUGAUGCUAAUAUUGAACCUCUAUACAACACUACAAUGAUGCUAAUAUGAACCUCUAUACAACACUACAAUGAUGCUAAUAUUGAACCUCUAUACAACACUACCAUGAUGCUAAUAUUGAACCUCUAUACAACACUACCAUGAUGCUAAUAUUGAACCUCUAUACAACACUACAAUGAUGCUAAUAUUGAACCUCUAUACAACAUUACCAUGAUGCUAAUAUUGGACCUCUAUACAACACUACCAUGAUGCUAAUAUUGAACCUCUAUACAACACUACAAUGAUGCUAAUAUUGAACCUCUAUACAACACUACAAUGAUGCUAAUAUUGAACCUCUAUACAACACUACCAUGAUGCUAAUAUUGGACCUCUAUACAACACUACCAUGAUGCUAAUAUUGAACCUCUAUACAACACUACCAUGAUGCUAAUAUUGAACCUCUAUACAACACUACAAUGAUGCUAAUAUUGAACCUCUAUACAACACUACAAUGAUGCUAAUAUUGAACCUCUAUACAACACUACCAUGAUGCUAAUAUUGGACCUCUAUACAACACUACCAUGAUGCUAAUAUUGAACCUCUAUACAACACUACAAUGAUGCUAUUAUUGAACCUCUAUACAACACUACAAUGAUGCUAAUAUUGAACCUAUAUACAACACUACCAUGAUGCUAUAUUGGACCUCUAUCAACACUACCAUGAUGCUAAUAUUGAACCUCUAUACAACACUACCAUGAUGCUAAUAUUGAACCUCUAUACAACACUACAAUGAUGCUAAUAUUGAACCUCUAUACAACACUACCAUGAUGCUAAUAUUGAACCUCUAUACAACACUACCAUGAUGCUAAUAUUGAACCUCUAUACAACACUACAAUGAUGCUAAUAUUGAACCUCUAUACAACAUUACCAUGAUGCUAAUAUUGAACCUCUAUACAACACUACAAUGAUGCUAAUAUUGAACCUCUAUACAACACUACCAUGAUGCUAAUAUUGAACCUCUAUACAACACUACCAUGAUGCUAAUAUUGAACCUCUAUACAACAUUACCAUGAUGCUAAUAUUGAACCUAUUGAACCUCUAUACAACACUACCAUGAUGCUAAUAUUGAACCUCUAUACAACACUACAAUGAUGCUAAUAUUGAACCUCUAUACAACACUACAAUGAUGCUAAUAUUGAACCUCUUUACAACACUACCAUUAUGCUAAUAUUGAACCUCUAUACAACAUUACCAUGAUGCUAAUAUUGAACCUAUUGAACCUCUAUACAACACUACCAUGAUGCUAAUAUUGAACCUAUUGAACCUCUAUACAACACUACCAUGAUGCUAAUAUUGAACCUCUAUACAACACUACCAUGAUGCUAAUAUUGAACCUCUAUACAACACUACAAUGAUGCUAAUAUUGAACCUCUAUACAACACUACAAUGAUGCUAAUAUUGAACCUCUAUACAACACUACAAUGAUGCUAAUAUUGAACCUCUAUACAACACUACAAUGAUGCUAAUAUUGAACCUCUAUACAACACUACAAUGAUGCUAAUAUUGAACCUCUAUACAACACUACAAUGAUGCUAAUAUUGAACCUCUAUACAACACAACACUACAAUGAUGCUAAUAUUGAACCUAUUGAACCUUUAUACAACACUACCAUGAUGCUAAUAUUGAACCUCUAUACAACACUACAAUGAUGCUAAUAUUGAACCUCUAUACAACACUACAAUGAUGCUAAUAUUGAACCUCUAUACAACACUACCAUGAUGCUAAUAUUGAACCUUUAUACAACACUACCAUGAUGCUAAUAUUGAACCUCUAUACAACACUACAAUGAUGCUAAUAUUGAACCUUUAUACAACACUAACAUGAAGCUAACGGGGGCGGCAGGUAGCUUAGUGGGUAAGAGCAUUGUGCCAGUAACCGAAAGGUUGCUGGUUCUAAUCCCUGAGCCGACUAGGUGAAAAAUCUGUCGAUGUGCCCUUCAGCAAGGUACUUAACCCUAAUUGCUCCUGUAAGUCGCUCUGGAUAAGAGCUUCUGCUAAAUGACUAAAACAUGUAAAUGUAAAGCUAAAUGUAAAGUCAAAUUAAAGUACUUACCGUGAAUUCUCCUGUGGUGUUGUCUUGUAGUUCCUGAACUCUGUCCGUCUGUGGGACUUCAUCGAGGAGCGUGAGCAGCGCGGCGUUGCCCAGCCGCAGGAAGAUGAGGUCAGCGAACUGAGGGAGCUCUUCAUGCAGAUGUCUGGUCCAGGAGGGGAGGAGAGCAGUGCAGUGUCUGCCCAGCCCUGA